GCCUGUCCCAGCUCGCGCCACUCGUCCGCUUGGCGCGCGCCGCGGCUGCAGCAGCUCCGGCUCCUCUCCUCUCCUCAUUUUUUGCAAAAGCAUUCUGCUUGUUUUGCUCGAGCCGCAGCGAGCGACCCACUCCUUGAGCCGCCCCCCGGAGGGUUCAUGCAGCUGCAGUAAGUCCGUAGAGACUGCUGAUUGACUUUUGGGGAGUUUUAGUUUCGGGUUCUGUCUUUCCUCCUCCUCCUCUCCUCCUCCUCCUCCCUUUUCGGGUUUGUUUACAAACAGCCAGCCAGGCAGCCAACCCACCCUGUUGUGUUGCUGCGUGAAGGAUGCCCAGUUGGCGAGCUGCUGGCUUUGGCCCCGGCGUCGCCCUCCUGACCGCCUCUUCCCUCCGGCAGAUCCCCGCGAGCGCCAUGGCCAGACCGCUGCAGGACGGGAGCCUCCGCGCCGAGCCGACAGCCGCCGUCUCCGGGAGCCCCGCCGGCCCUCUGGGGGGGACGCUGGCCCUGCCGACCGCCCUCCGCACCCCCGGCGCCCCCGCCGCCCGCCUGAGCGCCGCCCCGCGGAGGACCCCGCUCGGAAGCGGCAGCAGCGGAACGCUGCCGCCAGUUACGACAACCCACCAAGGCCUGCAAGAGGAGGAAGGGGUGGCCGCUGAGCCUGAGCAAAGGGCCGCCGAACCCAACGGGCACCUCCCUAGGCAUCUCCCCACUCUGGAGCGGGAGAUCGGGGCCCGCCUCCGAGAAAUGGGAGACCGCUUCCAGCUAGAAUACGAGCAAAGGGAGCACAGGCCGCGUGGUGCCGCCUGGGGCCACUUCUACCACUUUGUGUUCCACUUGCUCGGCGUCUUGUACAACCUGCCCGUGAGGGGCUAGCGCGGGCUUCGAAGAGUGGAGCCUCCCGACUUGCUGCUUGAGGCGCCGCUGCCGCGUGCCAGAGGAGUGCCUCCCGUCUCCUCUUCCUGCUGGCCAGGAGGGAAAAGCCAGACUUUCCUUGGGACUUGAGAAACGUACGGCCUGCCUUCCUUGGGUGACAAAAAGGCCGACGAUGACGAUGCUGCUCCUCCGCCGGGCCCUUCCUUCACAGGGGGACCAUGGGACUGCCUGCUCUGGGUGGAGGCGAGAGCUCCCAACCCAGCAGUGCCUUAUCAGGAGAGCUGCUCACUGAGGUGGGAGCAAGGGCAAGUUAGCACUAUGUGAAUACUGUUCAUUGAGCCUGUACAGGGGGGGACAGGGUGGGGAGAGAGAAUUGCACAUGGGACCUGUGACGUCCCCUGUAAAUAGGGGACUUUCUGGGCUUUGUACAGCGGGCGGGGUGGGACCGAACUGCACAGCAAGGGCUGUAUGUAUGUAUAUACGGGUAUCUUGGUGCUUGUACAUAGGACAAAAUUGGUGCUACCUGUACAUACUUGAGGGGAUCAGUUGUCUGUACCAGGGGGAGGGGGGAAGCCGGGGAGAGAAGAAUUUUGUAUGUUUCCUUUUCAAUAAAAACUGGACUAAG